AUGUACUCGUUCGCGCCCAUCUUCCACAGCUUGUACUCGAAUAUCCGCGGCUUGACCGACUCGUUAGUGAUGACGGACGGCUACUACUGGACCAACGCGUCGUGGGGCGUGACCCAGAUCCUGGACACGUUCGUGUAUAUGACCGAGCAUUUAAUUGGUGUUUCUGUUGAUGCGGAAUAA